AUGUCAAAUUUUGUUCAUCAAAUUGUCAAGAAGACAUCGAAUAGAAUUGGCUUUCCUCUUGGCCAGUUAUGUGCCUUAAUCAGUGGACCCAAGCUUCCUCCUAGAACCCCAGCACUAGCUACUGUAUGUACACCUACUGCACCUAGAUCUAGUGGUGAUACCAGUUGGGGAUUUACUGGUGAGGAUGGGUUUCUCUCUUCCAUAUUGUGGGCAGUCCCAAAGAAGAGGGUUUCGCGUCACAAGAAACGUCUUCGUAUGCAGUCAAAGUGGCUGAGACCGAUACAGAACUACAUGCCCUGUCCGAAAUGUGGAAACCCAAAGUUACUCCACGUCCUUUGUGGGACAUGUUUCAGGAGAACGAUGCGAAAGACUGCCGAGUAUAGAAAGAAAAAUGUAGGGACACUUUAUUCAAAAUUUAAGAAAGGCGUUGGAUUCUGA